UUUAGUUUAGUUGCUUUUCACGGGGUAAUGGCGUAACAUUAAACUACUCGAGUCAAUCAGUCAAUUGGGUGCGUGUUUUUCUUUCCCCGCAUAUAACGAUAAUAAAAUUUAAACAAAAAAAUUACGGUCGUCGUGGCGGGCUACGACUUACACGACAUUCGCCGCAAAAAUAGUCCCAUAUUAUCCUUGAAAUAUGUUCUAGUGACAAAGCCCAUUUCUAAACAAACCAAACAAAAACAAAAUUAUGUCUGUGAUUUAUCCUCCAACGUCAAAAACAACAACAACAACCACCGAAGACGAUGACAACGAGAACGACAAUGAACCUGUGAGUUUGGAAUUCAUUGAAGAUCCAUACAUACCAAAGCUGGACAAUUGCCUGACCCCCUCUCUAGAUGAAAUAACCGAGUUCGAUCAGAGAUAUUGCGAUGAAAAUGGGAAUGGGAAUGGUACUAGUGCAACAGCAAGCAUCUGUGAUUGGUCUGAAGAGACCGAAAUGUACUUGAGAAACCUCACCUUAGACCAGAUAUUCUACGAUGCUCAUAGCGACUUUGAUAGUCUUGUGGAAUAUCAAAUGGCAGAGGCUGAGUUCGGCAUCAAACAUCAAAGUGCCAACCAACCGCAAAUGUCAAUUGCCAAGCGAUUCCGUUUGAAGUUUCUAACCAAACGAACGAUGCGAGAUGUUAAAGUAACAUUUAUAGAUUUUUCCAAACCCUAUCUGGCUAAAAUCUCGAGUAGUGAGAAUUAUAAAAAGUUUUUGAACAUUGGUAGUCCAACAACGGGAGGAAUAACCACAACAGAGACUUCGACAACUACAACACCGAGAAUGACGACGUUGAUGUCAGAUAAUACACAAAAAAUGUCAGAGCCAGCUUCCCCAGCAUCUGUUGCAUCAGCAGAUAUUGCCGCGGAAUUUGCUGCUCUUACCGUUGAAGAACAAGAACAACAAAGAGCUCAAUGGACUCAGGAACUCGCUCAAGUUGAAGAAGAAAUUAACACUCUUCGUACAGUGUUAGCAUCAAAGAGUAGACUUGCUUCAGAUCUUAAGCGUAAAUUGGGUAUUACUGUGUGGAAAGAGCUUACCGAUGACAUGAAUUCAGGAAUUAAAUCUGUCAAAGAAAGUUCUGUUUACCAAACUGUUGAGAAAAAUGUGGAAAAUAUUGCUAAGGCUGUUCAUGAUGCUCCACUCUACCAACGCACAGAAUCGGUAUUCAAAUCGACAGCUGAGAAGACAACGUCUAUAUUUGGGGACAUCACAAGUGGCAUUACAUCUAAAUUGUCCCAAAUGAAGAAUUCCGAAUCGAUGCGUUCGAUUGAAGAGCGUGUUGGUUCGGCCUAUGGCAAUGUCAAAACAAAAGUAACAACAUCCCGAUCGGGUUCGAUUGCAAGUUUCAACGAUGACUUACACGACAAUAACACAUCAUCGGGAUUGAACUCACCUACAAAUUCACAAGGAAAACAAUAAAAAUAGAAUAAAACCUACAACAACAACAACAAUAACUAAAAACAACAAUCUUAAAAUUAAAAAUAAAAACAACACCAAUAAUUAUUAGCACCAACCAAUCAAUCAACCAACCAACCAACCAACCAACCAACAACCAUAUUAUCCCCUAUUCAAGAACAAUAAAUUAUUCUUUUCAUUUAAAUACAUAAAUUAAAAUAGUAAACAAAAAUAAUCAUAACAACAACAAAUAUUGCAAGUGAUAACGGCGAUUUGAAGAAUGUAAUAUUUUGUUUUAAUUUUUUUAGUUAUACGUACAUAAUUUUUUGAAUUUUCUUAUUUUGUUUUUAUUCUAUUGCUUGAGUUUAUAUGAAAAUUUAUAUUAAUAAAAAAAAAUAAUAAUAAUAAUUUAUACAAAAAUCAAAACUAUUAUAAAUGUACUACAAGCUGAAAACAAUAAAUGUUAGUUCUUGAAAUAUGUGUGUAACUUAUAGCUUCAGAAAAAUAAUAAAUGUUUUAAAAUGUUGGCUACUACUACUAAAUGAAAUGCAAAAAAUAAAGUUAUAAGGCUUUAAUAUGCAAAUGAAAAAAUAAAAGUUGUAAAUAAAUAUAAAACUAUGAGGAGUUCAACAAAAUAAAUCGACUCAGCAACGAUGCGAUGAUGGUGAGGAGGAGAAGGAAGAGAAGACGGCAUUCUUAUUCUAUUAUUAUGUGACAUUAAAAGGGAAAAUUAGAAAUCUGUGUUAGCUUUUUGUGGAGUCUUGUAAUCAAGAUACAAAUAAAAAUAAUUUCUUGCAUUUUUUUACUUAAUAUUUUCUUUUUCUUUUUUAAUUGUUUUGAUUUAUAUUUAAAAUAAAACUUUUUUAAAAAUUGUAUUUGUAUAAAUAUUUUUUGUUUUUGGUGGAUUAAGCAUCAUUACUUGCCCUUUCCUUUGAUAUUGUGACCAUUAGAAUAACAAAAGAAAA